AUGGAGACCUCCGCCAUCAGAUCAGCGGUGUUACAGCCUUUCAGUACAGAUCAGCUGCCUGAACCAGAAAGCGAUUCUCCGCUAUUCCUACCCGCCGACGCGCGACGACGCUGGUACCUCGGCUACUUGGAGCACUGGAAAGACCUCCAGCACCGUACAACAAGAUUCUGGGAGAGCGAAGGCGUCAAAAAAGCGUUCGAUGAGCUGAAGGAUCACAAACUGGACGAACCGCGAGGCAUACGCGCCGCCAGCGAAGACGAUGAAGGUCCAACGCAGUUCGAGAACAUGUCCCGGCGUGAGGUUCUCCAAGUCGUGGAGGCAGUCUUCAGCAAAUUACUCGCCACAGAGACGGGGAAGAAGGUAGAGGGAGACAACCCAAUAGAACACAUCUUCACUUCGCGAGGCCGAUGCCAACCGCACAGCUAA